AUGAACAUGACAGUUAAGCUAAUCAGAAAAUCGAAGAAAUAGAAUAUAUACUCUCUUUUUAAUGAGAAUGAAAGUAAUAAGGAAUAAAGAAGACUUUAAUAGAUACCCAAUCAAACAAAUUAACUGAAAUAAAAUGAUGAAAACUUAGUUAACGAUAAAGAUUCAUCUCUCUAGAGUAGUUAAGACAAUAAUUGUAAUAUUUUGUGACUUAUCUAGCAGUUGGUGAUAUAACUGAAAAUUUUGAAAGCGUUUAUUCGCAUAAAUUGAUGAAUAAAAAUCAUUAAUAGAUAACCAAAGCCACUAAUGAUUCAAAAAACAAUUUAAUACGCUACACAGUGAAAAGAGAGAAGAAUAUUAAAAGAAAAAAAUAAAAGAAUAGAGGAAAAUAAUUUUCAUUUGAAGAAGAUUAAAGAUUGUUGAUCUAUAUACUAAAGAAGGGACCUAAGUUUCAUAAGUUUGCAAGAUAUUUUCCAGGAAAAUCAACAAAUAUGUUAAAAAAUAGAUAUUAUAAAUCAUUAAGAUUUUAAUGGGAUCAAGUUCUUGGAAAGUAUGUCAAUUCUUUAUUAUUUCUAAGUUAAUAUUAACAUAUGAAUGCACCAUCUGAAGAGAUGAUCCCAAUCAUCGAACAAGAAUCUCCAAUAUACAUGUUUGAUGACUUAAUUUAACUAAGACUAUUUCCAGAAGCUGAAGACUUAAUGUCAAAUUUUAUAGGCAAUCUCUCCUAAACAUUUAGCGAUCUUCAUGCCAGUUUUCCUUUAGAGGAUAAUUGA